AUGUAUAGGGUGGAAAUAGUCGAUGAUGGUGAUGAUAUACCUUACCUAACAUAUUGGUUUCUUGGUUUCUCCCUGGCCGCUGGCUGGCUCUCUCUGGUCGUUCAAUGCCGUUAUUUUCAUUUUGAAUCUGAUCAAAUCAAUCGUCUUCUUGUAUAUCUGGAUCGAUGAUGAUAUGAUCAGUGCUCCCUCCCUUUCCAGUCCAAUCCAAGCCAAUCGCCUGUACAAAUAUUGAUCUCUUCUUCCACUUACAGCUACCGCAUAGAUGGUAUUAAUAUUUGUCUUCCUUAAUUUUAUCCUUUAUCUCUUCUUUUCUUUUCCUUCUUCUUGUCCUUCUCUCCUCUCCAGUAGCUAGCUAGCUAGCUUACUAGCUAGCCAUAACUAACUAAUUAACUACUACUAGUAAUGGGAUCUUGCUUUUCCAUCAUGGGGAAGAAGAAGAAGAAGGAUACUGACGAUGACCCACUAUCCUUAUCAUCGUCAUCAAUCACUUCAACUUCUCAUAUUUGGAAGAUGAGAUCAUCAUCAUCAGCUACUAAUGCUAAUGUUGAUCCAAGUGUGCUCCUUCAUAUUCCUGGCAGGCUCACCACCAAUGGAGCCACCAAACUGGGUUGCUUAUAUACUCAGCAGGGCAAGAAAGGCACCAAUCAAGACGCCAUGCUCUUUUGGGAGAAUUUCAGCUCAACCACAAAUGAUACCCUUUUUUGUGGGGUAUUUGAUGGUCAUGGUCCUUAUGGUCAUUUGGUCGCCAAGAAAGUUCGUGAUUCCCUUCCACUCAUACUUUCUACCCGCUGGAAUUCUGCUCAACACAGCUGCCUUCCAAAUGCUCCCCCUGCAGCAGCAGCAGCAACCACAAAUUCUGAUGAAGCCGUGGAUGAUGAAUCUUUUAAUUCUUUGGAGGUCGAUGAAACUGAAAAACAACUCCCAGAUAUGUAUCUUCCACUUAAAAAGUCUUUAUUGAAGGCUUUUAAAUUAAUGGAUAAGGAGUUGAAGUUGCAUCCAACAAUCGAUUGUUUUUGCAGUGGGACCACUGCUGUUACUUUGAUCAAGCAGGGCCAGGAUCUUGUUAUUGGAAAUGUUGGUGACUCCAGGGCAGUUUUGGCAACCAGAGACAAAGAUGACUCCUUGCUUGCUGUUCAACUGACAGUUGACUUGAAACCUGAUUUACCAAGGGAAGCUGCCAGGAUCCUGCAAUGUAAAGGAAGGGUCUUUGCGUUACAGGAUGAGCCAGAGGUUCCACGUGUAUGGUUGCCUAACAAUGACUCACCUGGUCUGGCAAUGGCUAGAGCUUUUGGGGACUUCUGCUUGAAGGAUUUUGGUUUAAUUUCCGUUCCAGAUGUUUAUUAUCGCUGCCUCACUGAGAGGGAUGAAUUCAUUAUUCUUGCUUCAGAUGGGGUUUGGGAUGUCCUCUCAAAUAAGGAAGCAGUUGAUAUUGUGGCUUCAGCCCCUGGCCGUGCAACAGCAGCUAGAGCUCUUGUAGACUGUGCUGUCCGAGCAUGGAGACUUAAAUAUCCAACAUCCAAGAAUGAUGAUUGUGCAGUUGUAUGCCUCUUUCUUGAACAUCUUUGUGCAGCAAAUGGAGAGGUAGAAGAGCAGGAUAAGAAAAAGAUUCCUAAGGAGCCUGGGGAGCAUUUUGUGACCAAUGAGAACGUUGGGCAGUUAGAAACACAAGAUGAUUCUUGUGGUCUUGUUUUUACACAUUCGAGUACCACACAAAACUCUGAUGAGAUUGUACCUGUCUCUGAGUUGCUGGUUGAAAAUCCUUCUGUGAAGUGCCUGGGCCAGUCCAAGAGGAGUCUGGCAGAGUGCAUUUCAACUGCAGAGGAUGAGGAGUGGUCGGCCCUAGAAGGUAUCACAAGGGUUAAUAGUUUGCUGAGCCUUCCUAGGCUCCUGGCUGGUGACAAAAGAUCAGCCAGUUGGAGAAAAUGGAUAUGAGAAAUCUGAAGCCUCUACACUCUUAAUCUAAGCAAAUCUGAUUUUGAUGACGUCUUUGCAAUCAAGCUGAUGAAAUUUGUUGAUUUUGCAACUGUAUAUAGUUUGAAGUUGCUGGCUAGAAAUUGAAAGGUCUCCCAGUAUAUCGAAAAGGGAUCGUUUUCUAAUUUUAAGUUUGUAUUUUCAUUAGAUCAGGUGAAUAUCCUACUGAGAAGAGUGGCCUCACAGAUUUUGUUCGUGAUAUUAUUCAUGGAAUAUGACCAUAUGUUGUUUGUUGUGCUGCAAUCAAAUUCAUGCUGACUUUUUUCUUUAAA